GAUCGAGAGGUGGGAGUGGCAGAAGUCAAAGUUCUAAAUAGGAGGAGGUGUUGGCGAGUUACAGAGACACGCUUAAAGCCGCGUAUGUGUUUGGUCUGGUCCGGGACAAAUCACAGAUCCUAGAUUACGCACGCCAUCUCUGUUUCAAUGUUUUCCUGGGAGGGGACGACAAAACCAAUUCAACUCAGUAACUCGGUCCUCACUCACCCACCCGCAUAAUAUUAAUUAUUCUCAAAAUCUCACGCAGCCUCCCUCGAUGGCAUUGUUUUGCCCGAGGCUUUGCUGUCUUCUUCCUCUCCAAAACUAACCAGGGAUUUUCUCUUUUCUCUGGACUCUUCUCUGUUUCUGCUUUAUUUUUCUUCUCUAGCUGCGUUUACGAGGAAGCAAGAGCGGCCGCUAGUGAACCGCAGCUCAGCUCAGCUGACUUUUUUUGUUUGGUUUUCUUUUCUUUUUUUUGUCCGGUAGACUGAAAUUUUUCUUAUCCUUUUAGGAUUCCUUUUUUUUUUUCCUGGGUUUUGUUCUUUUUCUUUUUUUCUUCUUUUUCUUCUCAGUUUCUGGAGGUAGGGAAGAUGGCGGAGUACAUCUGUUUCUUCAACAAGGAUAACACUGUAGUUAUUAAGCAUCCUAAGAAAUCACCAUUGUUCUUGAGGAUGAUAGUUUUAGUCUUUGCCAUGGUGUGUGGUGUUUAUAUCUGCUCAAUCUGCCUAAAGCAGAUAAGCAGCGUAACCAAGAUCAAGUUUGAGAGAAUCCAGAUUGCCAGUAGGCCUUCUCUUGACAAGAGCAUGAAGCAGGUUCUGGAGAGGCCUUCUCUUGAGGAGAACAUCGAGCAAUUUCACAUUCCUCGGUUGCAUUACCCAACACCUCAGACUUUUAGCCGGGCAGAAUGUUCACAAAACCCUGUACGGCUCUUUGCCAUAUUGUCAAUGCAGAGAUCCGGGAGUGGAUGGUUUGAGACCUUGUUAAAUAGUCAUAUGAACAUAAGCUCGAAUGGAGAGAUAUUCUCUCUUCUAGAUAGAAGAAAGAAUAUUUCUUCAAUUAUAAAGACUUUAGACAAGGUUUACAACUUGGACUGGUUCACUAGUGCUUCCAAGAAUGAGUGCUCUGCGGCUGUGGGCUUCAAGUGGAUGCUCAAUCAGGGGUUAAUCGAGUACCAUAGGGAUAUUGUAGAAUACUUCAACCGUAGAGGGGUCUCAGCUAUAUUCCUCUUCCGUAGGAAUCUGCUGCGAAGGAUGGUUUCAGUGCUUGCCAACUCCUAUGAUCGCUAUGCUAAGCUACUGAAUGGAACGCACAAGUCCCAUGUGCAUUCAGUAGAGGAGGCUGAUACACUUUCAAGGUAUAAGCCUAAGAUCAAUUCAACAUCGUUGAUAGAUGAUCUGAAAGAAGUGGACAUGGCAGUUGCCAAGGCUUUAGAAUACUUCAAUAGCACCCGCCACAUAAUACUGUACUACGAAGAUCUAGUUACCAACCGAACAAAACUAAGAGAUGUUCAAGAGUUCUUGAACAUUCCGCAGAUGGAACUGACAAGCCGCCAGGUUAAAAUACACAAAGGUUCCAUAUCUGACCACAUUGCGAACUGGGAUGAUGUGAAUAAGAUGCUCAACGGAACAGAGUAUGAAAGAUUCCUUCGUGCUGACUACUAGGAUGACUCCACAAUCUAACUCUUGAAAAGAAAAGAAAAGAAAAGAAAAAGAAAAAGUGUGAAUAGCAACAACUUCACUUCAUUUUUGAGCUUACAGAGGCUGGCUGACAGAGUACAGGCUAUCCCGAAUCAAGUUUUGGCUGGCAUGGGGACGAAUGGAUGCUGUCAGACAUGCUGUUGAUGUUUGUAAUUUUUUUAUCAUCUAAUUUUAAAUUUUGGGUGUUGGGUGUGAACGGUAGAAGUAAAUUUCAGGUGAUCAAAAGGAUUGGGGAAGCAAUUCUUCAAAGCAGAUGCUUAUCUUUUAUUGUGCUUAACUGUUGAGUUCAUUAGUGGGUUUAUAUACCAAGAUGAAGGAAUGGUUAAAAUGAA